GUACGGAUUUACCUGCAGGUACUGUUUAUUGUUGGCAAGGAAUGACGGGAAAGGGGGCUGGAUUUAUCAUGAAAUCCGAUGUAGAUGGUGCCAAUUUGAUAAUAGCAUAUCGGAAUGCUUUGUUGGAACAGAUGGUCUGGGAAUUG